CAGCUGUCUGCGACAUAAAACAAAAUAAUCAAUAAUAAGUUCCACUGCCUUUAAAGCCGCAUUAAGUUCUAUUACGGGUAUAUAAAAAUGGAUAAUCUUAAUAAAUAUUAGUGCCGCAAAGUGCAAAAGUGUUUCAAUAAUUGUAGAAAGGCUUUAAUUUUGUGCAGCAAUUGGGCACCUGUCAAAAGUGGAAAUUCCAUUCCGUAUCCUUGGUGACUGCCUAGCAACGGGUACAACAACAUAGCAAUUUUAGAGAGCAACAGGAGUAGCCCUGGGGACGUAGCCAUGGCAACCGCAGCUCGAUUUGCAGCUGGAAACGGCGCUAGUCCGCCCACCCCGUCGCCUGCGACGACGCCUCCCGAUGUCCAGCCUCAACCGACUCAGCUCAUCGUUUUGCCAGCCAGUUUGCAUCAGGGCACAGCGAGCGGUACAAUUGUGAACGGGGUACCAGUAAUUGCUUUGGAACAGGCUGGGGAUUCUAGCAACGAGAGCACUGGGGGCGGAGACCAGGAAAACGAACCUCAAGAAGAUCCUAUCGCUACCGCAUCACCACAUUUUAUAACGGUAACUGUUGCUGAGGGAGACGCAGUGGCUUCACACCAAAGCUAUCACAUUCAAUAUGUUGAACAGGAGAUCUACGCUUCGCAGGCCAAUGGCGGACAGCCUCAAAUGGCAUAUCCUGUAUACACAGUUGGCGAAUCGACCGCGCUCUAUCCCAUAGCCAAUGGUCAAGGGCCAAGCCAGUAUUACGGAGCUUCAACCAACGCAGGAAACACCACAACUGGUACGGUAGGGUAUUCCGCAUCUACAGGACAGUAUGUCCUUCAGCAGACAGUAGAUGCUGAUUCGUUGCUCAACAGGAUGACACCUCAACAAAGUUCUGCUGUCCAAUGGUUAAUGGAACAUUACGAAACGGCCGAUGGUGUUUCCCUGCCCAGAUCGACGCUUUAUGCUCAUUAUUUGAAACAUUGUGUCGAUAAUAAGUUAGAGCCCGUUAAUGCUGCGUCAUUUGGAAAACUGAUACGUUCUGUGUUUAUAGGACUGAGAACCAGACGGCUUGGAACAAGGGGUAACUCCAAAUAUCACUACUAUGGCAUCCGAGUUAAACCAGGGUCGCCUUUAAUGAACAUCGAGGAUCCUUCGAGCAAAGUUACUCUAAACUCAAGUUCUUCAGGGAAAGCUCAAGGCACUGUCCGUCCGUUCAAACGUAAUUCUGAUUCUGACAGUCAGAGUUCCAAUGGGACAUUAUUGCAACACGCAGCAUAUUUAGGAGAUGGCAGCAGUGCAAUCCCUGCGUUUCCCGAAAUACAUUUUCAAGAAGCACUUCCUGAGGAUUGCGGUUAUGAGGAUGUGGAUACACUGAAAUCAAUAUACAGGGAACAUCUGGAAGCAUUUUUAGAUGCUAUACUAAGCUUGGAAUUCAACACUGUUGAGUCCUUAUGGAGAGAAUUUUGGCGAUCUCAAUACAAUAAUAAUGGAGAUGAAUGCGAAGAAGAAAAAUAUUUAUCAAAGUCCAAGCUGUUUUCCCUUUGCUCAAUGGAGCCAGUUCAGAUAUUUAUGAAACAAGUAGAUUUGGUGUUUUACCAAAGUCUCAUCCAGGUAUUAGUGCCUGAUGUUUUGAAGCCAAUUCCAGCCACUCUUACUCAAUCUAUACGGAACUUCGCUAAAAAUCUGGACAAUUGGCUAACAAGUGCAAUGGCAGGUGCCCCACCAGCAAUGUUGCAAAUCAAACUGACCGCAGUAUCGGCUUUUAGUUCCAGUUUGCGUCGUUACACUUCGCUCAAUCACCUUGCACAAGCUGCCAGAGCCGUUUUGCACAAUGGAAACCAAAUUGGACAAAUGUUGGCCGAUUUGAACAGAGUCGAUUUUCAUAGUGUUAGAGAACAAGCGUCUUGGGUUUGUCAAUGUGACAAUGAAAUUGUUUCUCGUUUCGAGAAUGAUUUUAAGUUGACGUUACAGCAGCAAAACUCGCUGGAGCAGUGGGCAUCAUGGCUGAAAAAUGUGGUGAAAAGUGCUUUGAAACCUUACGAAGGAUUGCCUAGUUUUUCUAAAGCUGCCAGACAGUUUCUGUUGAAAUGGAGCUUUUAUAGCUCUAUGGUGAUCAGGGAUCUCACUCUUCGUUCAGCAGCAAGCUUUGGAUCUUUCCAUCUAAUACGUUUGCUAUAUGACGAGUAUAUGUUUUACUUGAUUGAGCAUCAAGUUGCUGAAGCUACUGGUGUAGUUCCUAUUGCUGUAAUAUUAGAAGGCAUUAAAGAAGAUGUCAUGCAAAAUAAUCUAAGCGUCUAUGGGAGCAACGUGCCGCUUUCUGACGGAUCCAGUUUGCACCCAGAUAAACUAGGCCGUUUGAGUCCUACAGACCAUUUAUCGAAACGACAAAAAAUCAGCUAGCCUGUUGAGGAAUAUACGGCUGUAGUGAUAUCCGGCCAUACUAGUUUUAGUGUUCAUUUAUGAGCCAGUAUUAUUAAAUUUUUAUUUAUUUUUAUUGUUGUUGAUAAUGAAGCUCAUUGUGUGGAUCGGUUUUUUAAAAUUAAUUAUUUAUUAUUGCUUUUGGGAUACAGACAGACACAGGGUCCAAAAAGUAUCCUGAUUUUACAAUAUACAAGGUUCUUUUUACAAGAUUUUAACUAUUUAUUAUUUAGUUUUUAAUUUAUUUUAAUUAUAAUUUGUUACACUGGCUCAUUAUGUGUUCAAAUUUUGUUGUUAAUAAUAUUUUUAGGUAAUUAUUUUAUUUGUUACAGUGGUUUAUAUUAUUUUAUCUUUUGUUGUUUUUUUUUUAGUUGUUGACUUAUUGAAUAGUAGGUAGGUACUUUAUUUUAAUUUUAAUUUUAAUUUUUUUUUUUGAUUGAUUGAUAUUUUGACAAGUUGCUCAUAAGAAAAGAACCAAGAAAACUGACAUUGUUGGCUUAGUUCGGCAUUGAACUUAAUGAAUCGGACAGAUUCUCUAUGAUAAUUUGAAUGAAUGGAAUGGAAGUUUUGUUGUUUUUCUGCAAUUAUAGCGGAAAGAAAAAUGAAUUUUACUGGGUCCAUGAAAUAUAAAGGCGGAAACGAAUUGAACCGAAACUACCCCUUUAAGAAAAAAAUUAUCAUAAAACUGACCCUAUUGAUUAUUAUAUCUAGAAGAUAGGAAGAAAGCACUGUGUGCGUGUUACAGUUUCAUGAAAAUAAAAUUUCUGGAAAUCUUGAAACUUUUUUUGUUUCCUUCCAAAAUUUGUAAUGGAUUUCCAUCAAGUAUCGACUAAAUCAAUCUCUCAUAUCUUUUCUUAUUUAUUAUAAGAAAUAAAACCACACUUCAUGGCACACUAACUAACUGUCAAAGUCUGAAAGAACAUUCCGGAAAUACCUGUUGUAUGCCUUUAACGUAUAGUACCAAAGGAUAUGACAGAAAAACAGGAUGAAUGGAUAUAUGUAUCUGAACAUUAUCAAUUCUAUUUUCAUGAUGAAUAAAUGAUUAUGUUUAUGCCGAACUCAGCCUUUAGUAUUUGGUGUUGCAAAAAUGUUUUUGUUUUGGUUAAACAAACUCCCUCCGGCGGAAUUAUGCCUCUGAACUAAAAAUUCCACUGUCCAGCGAAAUCUUGAAAUAAUAAUAUUUUAUGAGCAAGCCAUAAAACAUCACAUAUUAAUAUUUAAAAUAUUUUUCCAGUUGCUUUUCAUGAAAAUCAAAAAACUGAAUAUUAGAAGCUCCAUAUGUGUGCUUUUUUCUUGUAGUAUCAAGGAAAUCAAACUAGAGUACUUCGAGCAAAUAUAUUCAAUAUACCGUGCGUUCGUUAUUUUGGUCUGAGUUCUCCGAGCAUGACUUUACCGUUCGUUUAUUCAAAAAGUGUACUCGGUGCAGCCUCAUUCGCGUUCGUUUAUUAAAAUUUCUGGCACUUUUAUUUAGCGUUCAACUGCUCUGUUCCCUCGCUGGUCACGUGAUUACGGCUCCGCUCAGCACGCUCUGCUCUUCGAGCAAAAUACCGAACGCAAGGACAAUCUUAGCAGAGCGCUUUCGGCUACCCGACCAUCCUCAGUGCUAACUGAAAAGAGAAUAAGAGGUCCGCCACUCACUUUUUCUUGUAGGGCUAGAAUACCUUGUUCUUUUCGAUUUUGCAUCUUUCUCAUAGUAAGUACACCAUUCUUGUUUUCAGCAAAAUCUCAACAUAGAAAAAAGUUUCAUCAUUUUAGUACUAAGGGUGGGGUCUUUUUCAAAAUUCAGGUGUACAAAUCUGCUGGUGGACGUUUGGUCACUUCAUUCCAAAAUAAUUAUAAGAUUAAUGCAAUAAUCCAUUAUUUAAUGUGUAUUUUUCUAUAUAUAUACGAAAAAUACUCCUUAUGGAAUUAUUGUGCCGCCAGGAAAAAUAAAAUGUAAAUAUAGGGUGGUCCAAAAAAAACCGGAAUUUUGUUUUUGAGCUGUAACUUUUUUAUUUGUUGACCAAUUUUCUUUUGUUUUGGCUUGUUUGAAAGAGAAAUGAACAGACUAACGAAUCAGGGUAAAACUUUUGACAUUUGAAAAAAAUCCAAAAUGGCGGACUCUUUCAAAAAUUGCCUAGUUUUGAAUAGCGCUGGAACUUUUUUGGGACACCCUGUAUAAGUUUUUUUGAUAAAUUCUUGAAGUUCAUCAUUUUGCGAACAUUUUAAGACCUCGACAGAAAAAAUCGGUUGAAAACUAAGUCAAAUAUAUAAUAUUUUUUUGUAAUAUCGAAUUUCAAUUUUUUAUAUUGACAGCAAAAUCUGAAUAUGCUAUUUCAGCUAGAAUUUUUUUUUUCUACUCGACAUAUUUCUCCUAUUUCGGGCUUCGAAAGAUAAAUAGAUAGGAUAAGGAUCCGAAAUGAAGAUUUUGACUGUUGAGAAAAACAGAUUUCCCAGUUCCUUCAACAUAGCCAAUCUUGAAAAAUUUUACGAUAAGUUUUCUAACAAUACGACUAAUAUUUUUAUUUAUAAAUUUUAGAAAAUAAAGUAAACACAUUUAAGGGGCAAGAGGCGAUAUUAUUUCCGUGGGCCUCAACAACCCAUGCUAAACGUCUACGCCAAGAAUCGAUAGAAUUGGCAAUGUUACGUUGUUCCAGCAGUUCUCCCCAAAACUCAACGAUUCGGUUGUGCAGCUCUCCUAAAUUAUUGAACGUAGCCCUAUUUCCGUGGCCUUUUUCUUCCAAAUCCCCUCCAUGCAAAGUAAUCGCAGGAAUUCAAAUCUGGGCUAUUAGGCGGCCAGUCAACGAGCUGUAUAAAAUCCGCAACUUGCUCUCUUAGAUACUUUUUUAAAAUUACCUGCAUAAAAGUGUAGUCUUGAGGUGUGAGCUGUUCAAUUUCGGAUCAAGAUUCCUAAAGUUAACAGGUUGUCUGGUAAUGGGUAACUUGAUGACGCAUCUAGAGUGCCUUAUGGAGAUUUGCAUUAUGUUCAAGCAUACAGAUGACGUCAUAAAAGUUAUCAGGCAACCUACCUCUCUCAAACAACCUUGAUUUCGGAUAGCAUAUGACGAACACAAGCUGACAAUACUUGCGUGAAUCCAAGCGAACUCCUUGAUCGAUAACAAUUAGUUGUGCUUUGUGGCUUCGAGAAAUUGCUGCAGAUAGGUACCAUUAAAUAACUGCUGAAUUUUUCUCUUCCUUUAUCUGCUUUUCGAACUUGGAGAAAAAUUUGUAGUUGGUUGUUUAGCGAAUUCUGUACUCCGGAUAAGGUGAAAAUUUUUGACUAUGUUGAAGGAACUGGGAAAUCUUUAAUUUUUUCUCAACAGUCAAAAUAUUCAUUUCGAGUCCUUAUCCUAUCCAUUUAUCUUUCGAACAAGCCCGAAAUAGAAGAAAUAUGUCGAGUAGAAAGAAAAAAAUCUAGCUGAAAUAGCAUAUUCAGAUUUUCCUGUCAAUAUAAAAAUUGAAAUUCGAUAUUACAAAAAAAUCAAUAUUUCACUUAGUUUUCAACCGUUUUUUUCUGUCGAGGUAUUAAAAUGUUCGCAAAAUUUUGAACUUUAAGAAUUUAUUAAAAAAACUUAUAUAGGGUGUCCCAAAAAAGUUCCAGCGCUAUCCAAAACUAGGCAAUUUUUGAAAAAGUCUGCCAUUUUGGAUUUUUUCAAAUGUCAAAAGUUUUACCCUGAUUCGUUAGUCUGUAAAUUUCUCUUUCAAACAAGCCAAAACAAAAGAAAAUUGGUAAACAAAUAAAAAAGUUACAGCUCAAAAACAAAAUUCCGGUUUUUUUUGGACCACCCUAUAUAUUGAUAUAAAAAAUAUUCUACAGGGUGUGCAAGGUUUUUACUGUAAUAAGUUCUGAAUGAUAGUUUCAAUCACUCUCAAGCAAUCAAUAGGUAAUCAAUAUCAGGGACCAUAGACUCAUUUUAUUUAACAGCAAAUUUAAUGCAAAAUCUGCACCCUGUAUUUUAUACCAUCACAAGUAAAUAUUUCAUUUGUUUUACAUUUACCAAAAUAUUGUUUCCCUGAAGAAUUUCAGACUGAAGGUUUUCCUUUUUAUUUUUUUAUUAAAUGGCAUGUAUUAAGUGUUAGGGACACCUAUUUUAAGCAAAACUUACCAAUAUUGUGUGUAGAGUGUUGUUUUGGAUUGUGAUAAUGGUUAUCAAAACUUCACAAAAGUUUUAGAUAGAUAUUAUCACAUUCUGAAAUGUUUGAUGUAUUAAAUUUUUGAACAUGUAAAUAGGUUAUUGCUCAAAAGUGUAAUCCAUCCAUAAAUUUUAAAAUUAACUGGGGAAUAAAUAACCGAUUUCCAGGGUAAACAUAAAAUAACUUAUUCCUCUUGUCAGUACAAGUAAAUGUUUUUUUAAAUCAAUACCAUGGAAACUAAUUUUGCUACAUUUUAUAAAUCCAUAGAAUAGUUAUAAUUUUAGGCAAUAUAUUUUUUUAUUGUGCAAAAUGCAAAAAUGUAUUCCUACUGACCAAUGAUUACCUCCUGAAAAUCUUAUUCAAGGGGUAUCAGCCUGAUACAGGGGACAGGAUUCUUCUAGGGCAGGAAGGAAGUUGGGAUGCACAAUAAGCCAACCAAUGAUUAUCAUUUUUCAAGCCUCAGAAUAACUUGCAAUAUUAGGUCAGUUUCUGCAGAAAUCACAAACCAGUCAAAGCGAAUUUCAUUGGGUGAAAAUAGUCAGAAACAGAAAAUUAGUUUCAACCAAUGAAAUUCACACUGACUGGUUUGUGAUUUCUGCAGAAACAGACCUAAUGUAAUUCGUAUGCAAUUUAACUACUUUUGAUUUUCAAUCGCUAUGGGUAAUGCAAUUUUAUGCCGUAGUAGAAAUUGAGCAUUAGAACACCUCGCAUAGCAGUUUUUAGCCAGAGAGGUUGCAAGCCUGGAUUUUAAUUCGGCAAUUAUUAUGUGGCUCCUCGGGGGUUGUAUUUUCGAAUUCAUUCGAGUACAUUUCGUACACGAAAAUUUGAUUCACAGCAAUGUAAAUUAAACGGGGAGCAUUCGAAAUCGUUUAAAAUUUCGUAUGCGAGAAUAUUCGAGAAUACGACCCCUGGUUCUUUGACACAAAAAAAAUGCAUGUGAGAGAAGAAGAGAUUCCCUGGAAAUUUCACAAAUGUUAUGCGAAAUAUUCUUAUGCAUGAUUUCUGCUGUCAAAAGGUUUAAAAUGUAUUGGUUUUUUGCAUUCCUUGAUUUGCUUUGUAUUUCCUUGCUUUCAUGUACUUCAUUCAUUGACUUUUUUUUAUAUUUAGUGUGUAAAUAAUAUGUUAUGCAGCUAUUUUGCAUAAAAUAAAAUAUUUAAUUGUAAUUCGGAUAGGUACCAAUCUAGGCUUAUGGAUACAAAUUAUAUAUUUCGCGCAAAUUGUUUUACCUACAAUUAUUUUUAUCAGGCUUAAUAAGUUUAAGGAGGGGAGAAAUACAUUAAAAACUGUAUCCAAAUUUAAACAGUAAUUUUAGAAAUAUUGAAAAAUUAUAUUUGAAUGUUCGAGACUUCUGCCUUCUAAUAAAGUGGGUGUGAUAAGGCUAUAGUUAUUAUUAUAAUAAAUAGGAUAUAGUAUGGAUUAAGGUGCACUAUUUUGUACUAAGUGGGUAUUAAAUUAAAUGUAAAAUUAGAAAAAAUGGAUCAGUGUAUUUUUGUAGAUGUGAAAUUAUAUUUUAAGAACAUUUUACAGCUUUUCUUUCUCAUCGUCAGGCGACAACUUUCUGUUCACAUGAAUAUUACGAAGGGCACGUUUUGAAUUGCAAUUAUUUCACUUUAAGGCAUUGCUUUACCUCUACAAUGUUUUUAGUUUUUAUCUUGUAAAAAUAUUAAGGUUAAUAAUAAAUGCUAGUCUUGUUAAAA